AUGGGAAAGCUGGAUCUCAUCAAGACCGUCAGAGGUCUCGACCAGAAUGGGCCUGGAGGGAACGGAGAGAACCUUGAAAAGCUAUGGAGUAACCUCACAGAGGCAUCAGAUCACCAAUUUCACGCAGCGGAAGAGAGCGCGUUGAGAUGGCUGCUAAAGUCCAUGAACGGGUCAUCGCCUGAGGCAGAGACCAUACGGCGGUACCCGUUGACCUGGACGAUCCUGGACUUCGUGUUUCAAAAGAUACCGCUUUUCUCGCUGGCCAAGUCGUUAGCGGACAGGAAAUUUGCUGCUGUUUUGCAGCAUACUCUUCAGGAUGCAUCGAAUCCGAGUCAAGAGGCUGGCACUUCUGGUGGGAAAAGGAAGAGAUCAUUGGCUCCGCUCUACGCCUUGGAGGAACUGAAGGGCUUGGAUGGUUGUUUGGCAACGGGCCAGGCUGUUUUCAUUGCCCUCAAGUCUCUGCUUGGCCGAUUGGAGAACAACGCCGUGGGUUCGCGCGACAGGAUUGGGGCUGAACACAUCAAAUCUCUCUUCUCUACAUCGGCAACCGAAGCUGCGACACUGUCAUCCUCCUUCUUGAUAGUUUGUGUUCUGUUACUAGCCAGCGAUAUUUGCGACGACGUCGAGGGCAAAGAAGACUGGGUUUCCACUGUCUCCAAGAUAUGGGAUCUCCAUCUACAGGGGGAUACUGACGCUCUUGAGAUUGCGACACACCUCUUCCGACCGGCCGCCGCGAUCCUGAGACAGUUGGAACCUUCUAUCCAAGGUCAAAAACCGAAUGCUAAUGAAGCUUUGGCGAGUCGAUGGAGUGCGGACCUCCAGAGGUUCAUGCACCGAAAUUUUAUACUCCCCGCUCGUACUUACUUCUGGAAUCGCCAAGAUUUCGAGGUCAUUACGAGGGCGCUUGAUGUGUCAAAUGACAAAACGAGAACGUCUGCUCCGGCGCUAUACUUCCUGGCUGCUGGAAUGCCCGAUGUUUCGACUGAAAGCGACUUGCGCAGGAUCAACACGAUUUGGAUGGACAGGAUAUUCAAGGCUGUGGAGGAGCAAAUCCGCACAAAGCCGGACAGAAAUGCCCUGAUGAAGCGGAUUCUAGCGCAGGCGGUAGGAAGCUCCGUAGCAAUCGAUGCUGGGGACCUUCGCCAAGUAUGCCGCAACUAUGGUUUGGGAUCAGAAAUCGAUUGGAGCUUGCUCGCAAAUGCUGCUACGUGUAACCCAGAUAUUUUCCAAAUGUCUGAGGAAGGCACAGCUCUUUUGAAUGAUAUUUGCACGCAGAGCAUCAGCCAUAAACCGGAUGCUGAUGUUUUCAAAGAUCAGUUGGAUCUCAUUGCAGCUAUAAAGAAAAGCUUUCAGACGCGCCGCGAUCUCUCUGGAUUUUUGCGACUAUGGUUCUCGCAGCUGUGUCUGACUGAGAAGCGCAAGCUGGCCUCGAAUAGCCCUUGGUUCGAGAUUAGGCGAGAAGGGACCCAUGGGAAUUCAAUUUCUUCUUUGAUAGAGUCCGAAUUGUCACCACACCAGCUCCUCGGGAUUAUCGAAUGGCUCGGUGGACAGGAGCCUGGCUCAUACCCCCAGUCCCUCUGCGUUUUCACGAGCGUCAUUGCGCAAGGACUGCAUGGUGAGCAGUCCAUUGACUCUAUAGGCAUGAAGCUGUUCGACCUGGUCUUCCAACUGAAAAACUCUUCAAAGACUGCUUUGAAGUGGAGGGUCAUUUCCAAGGCGAUUUCAUGGGCCUCCCCCGGAGAACGGAAAAAUGUCUGGGACCAAGUGAAAGAUCAGCUCUCCAAGCUUCUACGGAAAGGGGCCAUUAAUUCGGCUGAAACAUUUGAAGCCCUCAAGUGCUGCUAUGAGGCUUGGGAUUCCAUGACCCAAGAUGAAGACGCAGCCGACGAGCCAUCCAAGUUGGUGGAGAAAUUCACACAGCGGUUGGUAGAAGAGCUUGCGUCGUACGAUGUACUGGAAAUCACAAAACUGUCAGCUUCCCUCGGCUCGGGGGCAAGGUCAGAAUUCGACGAGGAACUUGCCAUCCAACAGUACUUGGCUUGGUAUAUUCUGGGUGGCAGCCGUUUCUCUCGGCUCUAUUCAAGAAAAACUGACGAGAUUCCACUACUUGAGACUGUAUCAUCUACAAAAGAUGUAAGCCCUCCUGGGCUACGUGCCCUUUGGAGUGCUCUCCUGAGCAAUGACGCGAAUCUUAACGAUGCGAAGCUCUCAAGAAAACUCCUAGAUCGUUUGAUUACAGCCUUGGCCGAGUCUGAGAAGGAGAAAGGCUGGCCAGGAGAACGAGGGCAGCUGUGGAUUCGAACCCUAUGCAGCGUACCCUUGGAAGCCUUUAGCCGCGCCCAGCGUGAGCAGAUCAUGGGCAUAUUGGAUAAGAGGAGAGAAAAGAUGGUCAAGUCCCCGAAGCGGGUGUCUCUCGAAGGCUGGAAGCUGGUGCUUGAUUUGGCAAGCAAAAUGAUGGCGCGGCCGACCUUUUACGAAGGAAUGCAGUUUUCCAAUCUUGUCGAUUACGCUGACGCCAUUUCUAGUCUCUCUUUCGAAGAGACGAUAAACGAUGAGACGCUGCUUGAACUUGUCGAAAGGUACUUUGCUAUGACUUCAACGGUAGUAAGGCAAAUGUCGGAUAAUUUCGAUGAACGGAGUGCGAAAUACUUUUCAGAAGGCUUGGCAUUUGUUGAAACAUGCGAAACGGAAGAGACGAAGAGUGACCCCCUGAGCCUCCCGGCGCUUCGUACUACCCUGUUAAAGGCCAUCAUUGUUGAGCUUACUCGGUCGUCGGCUCUUCAAAGCCAAUCCAGCCUCGGUCAACUACAGCAGAAUGCCAAGGGUGCAUUGACUCGACACAUAGCGGCGGUACUGGGAGAGCUUAUAGCAGACAAAAAGCUCCUAUCAAAACAUGACAACUCGAAAGAUUUGGGGCUCUUUGCAACGACGCAUGCUGCCGAGGCUUUGGACAGCGCUUCUGAACUAUCACAACACAAGUCAAGCGCGAUCCGCAAGCUGGAGAAGCGAAGUAAGGAGUCUAUGGAUGCUGGCGACUUGAGGGCCUGGAAGAUUCAGAUUUUCCUUCACAGAUAUCUGGCGAGUGGACUGGAGGAUCCUCGCCCAAUCCGGUGUGCCAGCCUCGCGAACUUGCCGUCAAACACCCGCGAGUCUCUCUUAAGGGAUUAUAUCACGUCCGUCAUUGCCAACAUUGAUGUGGCUGACGCUUCACGCUAUCUCAAAGAGUUGAUACGUGAAUUUACAGGGGGCUGUGAUACAGAUGGCCAGGCUCUUGCCAUCCAACACGUCGUUGGCCAUCUCAUCGAACGCACUGAUCUACACGGCAAGGGUGAAGGUGUUGAUCUAUCAACAGCUCACAGCGAGCUAACACUCUGUCUAUUGAAGAAGUCGCCCAAUGUGGCCUAUACAUGCCAAACCGUUCAGACUCUUCUGGAAAAGAAGCCACAAGCCAUGGGCCAGUGGAAUAUCGAGGUGACCCUGAGCACCGUCAGUGACUUGGCUUUGUCAAAGGGCACAAACGGUUCAACGGUGCCAUUUGCGUGGCUGUGCAAGUUGGUUGGGACAAUUAUCAAGAAGCACCGCCUACGGCUGGAGGGCCACCACCACUUACUUCUGACCACCGUGCAAGCCUUGCUCAACAGCUUGAUUCUCAACCAGCCGAAGAGCACUAUAGAUGGCACCACGCAGGAGGUGAUGGCACGUUUAUAUGGCCGCCUCAUCACCCUCAUUUGCGAACCUACCGCGGGCGCUGUAUCCCGUUCGCAGCACCAAAACGCCUUGGAUUCUGCGACGGACGCUGCCAAACGGUCUGCCGGCCGGCACGUCUACCUGGUGUUGAUGCAGUAUGUGAAGCUGCAGCUUGAGGCCGACGUGCCGAGAGAGGUGGGCGAGGCUCUUGAGCCGGCGAUGAAUUCCAUUUUCGACGUGACGCCGCCAGAGGUGAGGAAGAUUCUGAACGACGCAAUGGACGCCAGCGGAAGAGCUAUCCUGAGGGAAAUGUUUAAGAGAUAUGUCAAGUUUGGGAAAUGGAGCGGUGUUUAA